AUGCCGCCAUCAGCUUACACAAACUUUCCAACAAACACAACUGCUUCAAGUAUCGCUGCUGUCGCGCUGAACGCUGAAAGCAAUAACAUGGGAAACACCAAAAUACCGAAUACCAAACGGGGAGUUGAUAAUUCAUUGAGAUAUCAGGUAGUGGACGAGAUUUGUCAAGAAACGAAUUUAUACAAUAUUCUCGGCAUUGAGAGAACUGCCACUGCAGAGGAACUACGGAAGGCUUAUAUCACGCGAUCACGGAUUUGCCAUCCAGAUAAAUUCCCUGGAUAUCCAAAAGCAACAGAAGCAUUCCAAAAACUUUCAUAUGCAUACGAAACUCUAAAUAAACCAUCUAGUCGGCGUGCAUAUGAUGUGUCAGGAUCAAGUGACCUUGGUAGUGCAAGCGGUAUGGGUGAUGAAACGUUACAUGGUGUUCUAUAUCAGUUAUUUUUGGAAUUCAUGGAUGGCGACUUCGAAAUGAUACGCGCCUUAGUCAAUGCACUCAACGAGGGAAAUCCGAGUUUGGAUCUUGGAGAUGACGCGAUCGAAAACCUAGAGCAUGCCUUCCGAAGAAUGAGAGAACUUCUUUUGGCCGGCCAAAAAUAUAUCAAAAUUGUGCAAUUCGAGCUCAUGCGAGUUUAUGAUCUCCAACAAGAACUUCGAUCGCUAUCAUAUUUCGAUGUAUUUGGACGACUACGACUGACCCUUCAACUAGCGCGUCUAACGCUAAGUAUCCCAAUGCUUAUCGAUCAAGCGAUGAAGCACGAGUUUGCAGUCAAUGGCGGUAAAGGCAAAUACCGAGGUCUACUGGGUGACGGGAUGGCCAAGGUGCUCGCCGGUUUAGUAACGUUAUUGGAACGAGGAGAGAAAUUUGUAUAA